AUCAGUUUCAGACCUAUUCCAUAAACCUUUUGCAGUAUGGGGGCAUUGAAGAGCUUCUAUACAUCGAUGCCAUUCGGAAGAAAGACAUCAACGCGUCCAGGAUUGAGCAGAACCUUCCCGCCGUCCACAUCGACGAACCCCACUUGGCACUGGUAGCGCACAUUCCGUACAAUUCCUUCGUACUCCUAUCGCCCCACGAGAUCCAAGAUAUUCUGCAAAGGCAGAGUAUCCUGAUUUUCAAUAUCCCGGAUACGGGUAGCAAUGUGGACUUCAAUGAGCGUGGUCUCGAAGUGUUGGGAUCACUCGACAAGCAUCGGUCAAUACAGUCCUUUCAACGACGUGCAAAGGACGUCACUGAAUGUCAUCUCACAGGGCCUCCAGAGCCAACGCUCAGUCUCAUGCUUCAAGAAGCUCGGCGCGGAGAUUUAGGACAAGUUCUAAAUGCCCUCGAGUUCCCUCUUGGUGGAACUGUGCUGAAAUCCGUUCCGAAAAUCGAAAGCAUUGCCUCGGAUGUGUCCGCAUUCGACAAAACGAAGAAUCUAAUGGAUCGCCUCGCGGGAGAGCAGGAAAUAGGGCAAAUGACGCCCUUCCCUCAUCAGGCUAUGAGUUGGGGUCUUUGUGGACUUAAAUCUUCAACCACGCAUCCCCACCGCGAUUCGCAUGGACUGCCCACCCAUGUAUCACAGCUAACUGGAGGGAAGGCCUGGUCGGUAAUGCAGCACAGUGACCCUCGAAAGGACAACUGUAAUCUGUACAUCGAUUACAUCAAGAUGCAUUUUGAGGUAGACGAAGAGAUUCUACCAUUUUUCAGAGCAGAGACUGUCUACCUGGACAAUACAACGCAGUUCAUUAUGAAGCCCAAUGCGUACCACUAUGUGGUCACACUCGAACACUCUAUCACAUACGGUGGACACUUCAUAGCGAUGCAAAACAUCCGUAACACCCUCAUUGGGUAUGUCCAUACGGCGAUGCUCACAUAUAGCAUCACCAACACGCUUCAUCCUGAAGUAAAGCGCCUACUGUUUCGGAUAAUGAUCAACUGGGGAUGGCAUGGAACGGACUUUGAUACAGUCUCAAGUGAUCCCCAUAUCCCAGACUGGUCAACGAGGGAAGGACUGCUGAACGUGAUCGCCCUCGGUAACGUUAUCCUUUUCGCGGAAGCCCUGGAACCACCGAACGUCCUAAACUCGGAUCCAGUAGCCAUGCUUGAAUGGUUGACCGCCCGAGACACCUAUGUCUACGGCAUUGCUGCGUUUCAACACUCCUUCGAAAUACCAGAGAAUUCCAAUAUCUUCCUCGAAUCAGCAAAGCGCUUUGGGGUAUCCAUCCUUGAUUAUCUCAAUCACAUAGAGCACCACAAGAAGCAAGAUCCAACAGCCGCAGCUGCACACCGUGAACACGUCGAAGGUGUCCUUGAAAGGGCGCUUCAAUUCGAAAAUGCCAAAAACACUCUUAAAUGGAGCGUGAAAAAGGGCUAUUUCCGGGAUGCUACCUAUGUUGAAGAUGAGGAGAAUAAGAGGACAUUAUUUUGGGAGCCGGUGUUUACCAUCAAACGACGUAGCUAAUACUAGCUAAUAGCUAAUCUGGAUGAUAUGUAGCACGGUCGCAAAUGUAUUCUACUCGACAGUCAAUUACCAUAUUGGGAGGUCC